AUUUGAUAUUUUCCAUCCCUAUUAUUACGUUUGUUUUGCUGAAUAAAUUAAGACUAUAUUGAAAAUGGCUUUUGCAUAUUCAAGUUUCAAAGCUAUUUGUUGCAAUACAAAUAAGAUUACGCAAAGUAGGUCUCGUUUAUUUUCUAAAUUUGGAGUUGGAAACUACAGUAAAGCUUACGAAGGUGAUGGAAAGACGAAAGUUCAAAUAUUAAAUAAAGAACUAGAUAUUGGUCUUAUGAUAAAUUCUUACAAUCAAUAUGGUUUUAGGUUAAAUAAUAAUAUGUCUAUUGUUGGGCCAAUGGCGAUCUUUUCUAAAUCAGUUUUGUCAUGGAAUGUUAAUGAAUAUAGAGAUAUUAAUGAAGAUAGUUUAAGUUUAUUCGGCAUUUUAGAACCAAAAUUAGAUAUUUUAGUUAUUGGAAUUGGAAACGAAAAAGUUACACCAGAGAUUUCGCAAAGAAUAUUAAAUUUUAUAAAAAAUCAUAAAAUUAAUAUUGAGAUAUUACGUACAGAACAGGCUUGUACUACAUUUAAUUUUUUGAAUGCAGAAAGUAGAAUGGUUGCCGGAGCUUUUAUACCACCGAAACAUAUAUCUGUUAACGAAGAUGAUUUGUUCUACCGUAACAGAAAAACAAAUUUAUAUGAUGGUCAAUAAAUAUAUAAAUAAAAGUAAAUUUCACAAAAUAGUAA